AAAUACAUUCUGUGGAGUAAAUACCAGAUACAGUCCGAUUCUUUGCUGUAUGUGUUGCUUUCUCAUCUGGUGCAGUUCACUGAAUUUGUUGAACUAGGACCUAGAAGCUGUGAAAGACCUUAAAAGAGAUUAGAUAGAUUUUCCAGGUAUCAAAACUGGUAGUAGGUACACCGCAGGUUUGUCGGAAUAAUCUCGCAGUGUAUAAAUAAUGCUUCCAAAUUUCCGUCAAAUCAAAUGUCAAUUGUCAAAUUUAUAUUCACCGCACCGGUCGCCAAAAACAAAAAUUGUGUACUAAAUAAAUAACAAGAAUUAAACUGCUCCUGUACUUUCACACACUGAAAAAUGGUAGUCGAAAAACCGUCCCAUUCCAACAACCCCCUGGAGCAAUUCGUUCUACUCGCUAAAUCUGCAAAAGGUGCAGCUUGCGUCGAAUUGAUUAAGCAAGUACUGGAAACACCGGGGGUUUAUGUGUUCGGAGAGCUAUUAGAUAUGCCAAAUGUGCAGGAGUUGGCAAUAGGUGUCAAUAGCGCCUGUUGGCAUACUCUCAACUUGUUCGCCUUCGGAACUUACAAACAGUACGUAUCAAACCAAAGCAAUCUGUUAGAGUUAACGCCGGCGCAGAAAAAGAAAUUGCAACAUUUAACGAUAGUUACGCUAGCAACACAGACGAAGUGUAUACCCUACUCUACUUUAUUAAACGAACUCGAAAUUAAGAAUGUUCGGGAUUUAGAAGAUUUAAUUAUUGAAGCAAUUUAUGCGGAUAUAAUCCACGGUAAAUUAGACCAGAAAAAUAGUCAAUUGGAGGUGGAUUACGCGAUAGGGAGAGACAUACAGGCCGCCGAUAUUCGGGUGAUCGUCGACUGCCUACAGAAAUGGUGUACGGCGUGCGAGAAUGUUUUAGUUUGCGUCGAAUCACAAAUUCAUCGCGCGAACGCCGAGAAAAAUCGUAGCGUGCAACGCAAGGCAGACAUCGAACAAGAGAUUGUAAAUAUUAAGAAAACUCUAAAAACCCAGCUGCAAGAACGCGCCGAAGGAUCCGAUGAGGUAAUGACGACUGACGGUCGUGAGGCGACGGCUAGCGGCGAUAAAGGAAAGAAGACAUCAAAAAUAAAAGGUAUUCGAGCCGGGGGUAAAUUUUGGUUAAAGUCGUAAAGUAACUUUUACUAACUCCAUACUUUCUUCAUAAAGAAAAGCUGAGGUAGCAGUAAGUGAUGUUUGUAAUUAGAUGUUAGCUGUCUUACGGCAUCAGUGUUUCUUUCUUUGCAUAGUACACAUUUGUAUUAGCUUUCAAAAUAACUAACGUUUCUAAAUACAUAACAGUUUAAUCUUGA